AUGGCACCAUUCAACGUCUGCAGCUCAAGCCACCCAUCCCAUGUGAUCCCUGCAGGUGCCCACGUCCACCCGAGCUUUGGAACCACCGCCCACGCCGCAAGUGCCAGCGACAGCGCCGGCGGCGGCGGUGGCGGCCCCAGAAGUAGCAACAGCGCCCGCAACGGCGGCGCGGGCGCCGGCGGCAACGGCGCGGGCGGGCUGGCAGCGGCGCCCGUCCAGCAGCAGUUUGUCGUCGCCCGCGACGGGCGUGUGGGCGGGCCCCUGCCCUCUGUGGACAUGCCGCUGAACCAGUUUGAGGUCUCCCUGGAGGAGGUGCUGCACCACCGCUACCUCACACUCUACAACCGCAGGGUCAAGUUCACCUCGCCCGGCCGCGACCCCUCACAC